GCUCGGAGUGGAUACGCAGUGCUCAAAGGAACAUGGACUUGACAGGUAUUACAACUGUCGUCAUCAAAAGGGAUCUGUUGGCACCUGAAAUGCCACAACCGUCGGAAUGGCUUAUGCGACGCUUAGGGCUCCCUUGUCCGCUCGCUAUAUUUGAAUAUGCUUUCCUCAAUCCAUGGCUCCUCCUCGCCCAGCGAUUUAUUGUAUACUAAAACACAGAUUAUAUUAAUAACAAUCAUGGCAGCGACACAGCCACGGGUUCCAAUCAUUCCCUUUAGUCCAGCACGACUACCAUCCCACAAUAAUAUCCUCCCCGGACGCACGUUUUCUCCCGAGAAGCUUGACCCCAAACAUGCCAAGGAGCUCUUCACAGAGAUCCUUCUAGGACAUUAAUUUAGAACUAUAUUGGCGAUGGAC